UCUUUAGAAGCAGGCAUUUAUAUUGCAGAGUUUGCAGCUUCUGCGCAGCUCUUGAGCAGAUACAGAAACGAAUCCAUGCCGACACAUCUCAAGGGUCUUCCUAUUCGCAGGUGAUCAAAAGAGAAUGAAGACAUCCUGGCAAUGAGAGGCUGUCCUUGACUCCACCAUGCAGUCCAUACAGCUUGCCGAAAGAGUCCGAAUCCACUUGGAAGAGGAGUAUUUCUCUGUGGACAAGGCCCUUCUGGUGGACCACAGUGAAUACUUCCGGGCACUCUUCCAAUCGGGCAUGAGGGAGAGCAACCAGGAAGAGAUCCAGAUCCGAGAUCUAAGUGCCAUGGGGUUUUCCAUCAUGUUGAAGAUCCUGGAGGGGAGUUUUCCGGUGCUGAGCUGUGAGGAGAACCUCAAAGCGGUGGAGUGUGCCUCCUUCCUACAGGUCAAAGCCAUGGCCAAGUACUUGAUUGCCUCCAUCAAUUCCGACAACUGCAUUAUUCUCUACCAAGCUGCAGCCAUGUUCGGCCUCCUGGACCUCUUCCACAGUGCGGCGCUGUACAUCAGAGACAGUUAUGCGGACCUGGAGGAGUAUUUGGACUGCCUCUCUCCAGAUCUUCUUGAUUACAUCGAGUCACUGGUACCCAGCACGUUUGUGGCGGUGGGAGCACACACACCCACCUUUGAGUUCUUGGAGGACCUGUCAAGAACCAUCUGCUACCUGAAUGAGGAGGACAACACCUGGAGGACCCUUUCCUGCAUGCCACUGACCGCCAGCACAUUCCUGGCAGGCAUGGCCACCCUGGACAACAAGAUUUACAUUGUGGGAGGUACCUAUGGCCACAACAAGCAGGUGGUGGACCAAAGCUUUUGCUAUGACCCAGUGACGAAUGUCUGGAGUGAGUUCCCCAGCCCUCAGCAGCUCCGCUAUGACGUCACGUUGACAGCCCAAGAGGACUAUCUCUAUGCCAUUGGUGGGGAGUUUGAGAAGAUGCCACUCAAAUCCGUGGAGAAGUUCAACAUGUCUACCAACACAUGGAGCUUCGUCUCAGACCUGCCACAGCCAGCAACCUCAGUACCGUGCACCCAAGCUAUGGGGCACAUCUUUGUUUGCUUGUGGAAGCCACUGGACACCACUAUCAUCUAUGAGUAUGAGACGCAGAAGGAUGAAUGGCUUCCCAUCUCAACCCUCAACAGGUCUCAGAGUUAUGGCCACUGCAUGGUGGCCCACCGGAACAACCUCUACAUCAUGCGCAACGGGCCUUUUGACGACUUCCUGCGCUGCGUGAUGGAUUGCUACAACCUGACCACCAAGCAGUGGUCCUCCUUGCCUGGCCAGUAUGUGAAUAGCAAGGGGGCCCUCUUCACAGCGGUCAUCAAAGGGGACAUUGUUUACACAGUCAACAAGAUGGCCACCCAGAUCUACACAAUAGAGGACAACACAUGGAAAUCCAAAAAAGAGAGAGCUGGUUUUCCAAGAAGCGGUUCUUUGCAAACCUUCCUCCUCCGGCUUCCAAGAACAGACCACAGCAUUGCAACAUAGAUCACCUCCUGUAUCCUAUGGGUUGCUCAGAGGGCCAUAUCUUCUCUGGGUUCUGGAUAUUUCACUUUUGUUUAUUCUUUUGUGGGGCUUCAGAGAUUAUGGCCAAAGUGGGCCCAGAAUUGUGAAAUUCCCUUGGUUCAAAUGCUCCUUGCACCUUUUGAAGCCACAGAACCUAGUUGUAGGAGUGGUGUUGAAAGCCAUCACAGAGUAGCUCUUGUAACUGGUUUUGCAGACCUUGAGCCAUGGAUUUGUCAUAUAAUCUAUUUGCUACAACCAAAUAUGCCCUUCAAAUAGAAUGCAGUAGGCCGCGCACUUUCAUUAGGGUUAGAUCCUCCAUGAAAGUUGGAAAACUGCAGAUAAAAGUCCACUUUUUAACCUGUUGGAACAACAAAUCUCUCUAAUGAAUCUUGAAGGAUUCUGGUCAA